AAUAGAUCAAUUGUAUUUAAAUUGAAUUGAUAUACCUGAAGUAAAAUGCCUGUUGAAAAUGAUUUCAAAUCAGAGUUACCGUUCAUGGAUUUAAAAGUGAAGAUCAAAAUGUGGGAGAUCACGUUUGCUAAGCAACAUGGUAGAAAACCGGGAAAAAAUGAUAUUUCAACUGAUGCAAUAGCAAGAGAUAUGUACAUCAAAUACGCAAAAAUGAAAAAAGAGAAGGAAAAUAUACCUGUGGCUGUGGCUGAAAAAGGUAAAUCCGUUUGGGGUAAAUCCUUGUUGAAAGCAAACACAAUGCCCCCUGAUAUGGAUGACCAUGUGGAAACUGCUAAGGAAGAAGAGGAAAAAAAAGAAGAAGUAGAGAUUGUGGAAGAAGUUCCAUCUUACAGGGAUAAUCUGAAGAGAAAUUUGAAAAGUUCGUUCACAAGGCCGCGUUCUACUGCUUUUAAGAAAUCGUAUCCCACUGAAACUUUAAAUUGUGAUGAAAAUAAAGAAAAUGUAAAAUUGGUGAACGUAAAUGAAGAAAUUUCCAAGGAUGGUCUUGAGAAUAAUGGAGUAAAAGUAUUAGCUUCACAUAAUUCAAAUUUGGUACCACCACAAACGUGUGAUGCUGCGAAGCCAAAAGCAUUUACUGCGUUCGGUCAAAAUCGAAAGAUAUUGAACUCUUCUGUGAGUUUGUCCUGGCUCAAUGAACAAUCGGAUGAUUUAUCUGAUCUUAUAAACCUGGAAGAAAACGUUAAAAAUGAGAAGAAAAUGAAGAAAAUGGAAGAAGAGAUAAGUAACACUUGUGAGAUGCCAAGCAAAGAUGAUAAAACUAAUUUAAUAAAAGAUACUGAACGGGCUGGUCUGGGUGAAAUACCUGUUUUUGUAACUGAGAAUCCGAGUGUUUCUAUGGCCAGUACAGAAAAUGAAGCUAGUAAAGAUAUUUCUACUCUAUCUGUUCCAUCUAAUCCAGUUCAGGCAGAAGACAAAAUUUCAGAUGAUUUUCCUGCAAAUUUAAAUAAAAGUGAGGAAUCCCCACCUGUGAGAAUAAAAGGGCAACCUGAGAAAAUUGAAAGUGAGAAUAUGGAAACUUCUCAGCAGAAUGAAAAAGGUGCAAAGUCUACUUCAAAAAGUGGUGGGUCGAGUGGAGGUGGUGGUGGUGGUCUCGCUAGCACCAACUUUCGCCGUUUAAACAUGAAACAAAAAACAUUUAGUAGAAAAGGGGGCCAGGGCCGAUUUUUGAGGAAACAGGUUUUUCGAGAAAAACUUUCGAAAAAGGGUUUCUCGUUCCGGAGCGGUUGGAAAGGUAGGAGUGGUGGCUCGUCACUAGGUGGGGGUGGAGGGUACAGGGACAGAAGCGACGAUAAAUGUUUUAAAUGUGGAGAGACCGGUCAUUGGGCAAGCAAGUGUACAGGAAAAUUUAAAGGCAAAGCUAAAGAGCAGGAUGCAGAAAAUAAAGCCUCCUGGGACAAGUUUCUUGAAAAUCUUGUUUCCGACCCUGCCAGCGAGCCUUUGUCUUAUUCGAGCCAACAAUUCCAACAAACACAAAUCACACUGGAGCACGCUGAACCACUGUAUACUGAAGAUAGUUUCAAUGAAGAUGAAGUUUAUUCAGUUUUAAAGAAGUUUGGUUUCUCCGAGUUUCGAACUGGACAACUACAAGCAAUGAAACGGAUAUUAUUAGGAAAACCGACACUUCUUGUCCUGUCAACUGGUUCAGGGAAAUCUUUAUGUUACCAGCUUCCUGCAUACAUGUAUGCUAUGAAACGUAGCAGUAUCACCCUUGUUAUAUCUCCUCUUGUAUCGCUUAUGGAUGACCAAGUUCAUGGGCUUCCUAAAUUUCUACGUGCCACCCGUCUCCACUCAGGCAUGACCAAGGAACAAAGAGAAAAAUCUAUGGUUGAGAUACAGAAUGGAAAUGUGGAUAUUUUGCUUGUAUCUCCUGAAGCAUUGACCUCAUGGGCAGGCAUGUCACCUUACUACAGUCCUCUUGCAAAACUACCUCCUAUAUCAUUUGUGUGCGUGGAUGAAUGCCACUGUUUGUCAGAAUGGUCUCACAGCUUUAGACCUUCCUACCUUAGAGUUUGCAAAGUUCUAAAAGAUCAGCUUGGAAUAAAAUGUCUGGUUGGUUUAACGGCUACAUCUACACGCUCAACUUGUAUCUCAGUGGCUAAGCAACUAGGUAUAACAGAUCCAAGACACGGUAUGAUCUUAAGCAUGUCUCUUCCAAAGAACUUGUCUCUCUCUAUUUCAAAAGACAGAUAUAAAGAUGAGGCGCUUGAAAUGUUGCUAAAUGGCGACCGAUUUCGGAAACUUGACUCUGUGAUCAUUUACUGCACACGUCGAGACGAAGUGGCUCGUGUGUCCUCGUAUUUAAGAACAAGAAUGCAGAGAGAACCAACUGAAGCUGAGCCAGAACCUGAGGAACAAAUUGUUGAAUCAAAUUCAAAGAAAAGAAAAAGAUCAACAAAACCAAAAAGCAGUAAAAAGAGAGCUGUUACAAUUGAAGCUGAUUGCUACCAUGCAGGUAUGUCAGCAGCUCAGCGUAGAAGCGUGCAGAAACGUUUUAUGUCGGGUAAAUUACGAAUUGUGGUGGCAACUGUAGCAUUUGGUAUGGGAAUCGACAAGCAUGAUGUGAGAGCGGUUAUCCACUAUAACAUGCCCAGAUCAUUUGAGCGUUAUGUACAAGAAGUUGGAAGAGCUGGGCGUGACAGGUUACCUGCUGAAUGUCAUCUGUUUCUUGAUGCUGAGGGAGGAGAUCUAUCGGAACUGAGCCGACAUACUUAUGGUAAAGGGGUUGAUCGAUUUAUGGUGAAGAAACUUGUCCGUCGUGUCUUUCCUUCAUGCAAAUGCGCUGCGUCAAAUAAAGAAUGUGUUGGACAUUAUUCUGCUAUUCCUAUUGAUGCAAUUAUACAGGAAUUGGAUAUAACUCGUGAAGGUGUUGAGACCUUACUUUGUUAUUUGGAGCUUGAUGGAUUGGUCAAUGUAUUUCUUCCCACUGAGACAAAAUGUCGUAUUCACUGUUAUGGAGGUAUCCCGCAGAUGCAGAAAACUAUUUUGAAAUGCUCUGCUGUUGCUGCUGCAGUAAAAAUGAAAGAAAAAGAUGAGCUUAGUGGAAAUGAAGUGGAAUUUGCUUUAGACAAGGUUGCAAAUGAGUUAUGUCUUGAUAUUGUCAACUUAAAAAGAAAUCUUCGGCAGCUAGAAUGGGACACCACACUUUCUGAAGAACCUGGAAAACGUGGUAAAAGUGGUGUUUCAGUCGAUUUUUCGGAUUUAUCUUUCCUAAUUCACACAAAACAAUCAACAUCGAAUGAAUUUCUGGAUGAAGUUACAGCAAGUUUACACAAACGUAUUAUGUCACAAGAGAAAAAGGAAAUAGCUCAGCUAAAAACAUGUUUUAAUGCGAUGCAAAAAUUUUGUUACCCUAAUGCUGGUUGUUGCAUGGAUGAUUUCACCUCCCCUCGAAGUGAGCAAUUAAAAGAAGUGAUUGAUGCUUAUUUCCAAGAAGAGGAAAACAGCAAAAGUGAUGAUCAACCAGAACCAUUACAAAGCUCAGAUGAAGAAGAAAUUCGGUCAAGUGUUCGACAAUUCUUAUACGUUCAUGGUGGUGACUUGGGUGAUAAAGUUACAGGGAGGGCUAUUGCUCGAAUAUUUCAUGGCAUUGAUAGCCCUUGUUAUCCCGCAAGAAACUGGGGACCAGCAAGAAGAUUUUGGAGAAGCAAGCUUAAUUAUGAUUUUAACACAGUCCUAAAGUUAGCAACAGAAGAAUUGAUAAAAUUUCGAUAGAUAUUUUUUAUACUUAGUGCAGAUAUUUUUACAUCUUUGUAUUUUUACACUGUGCGCUUCUUUUUCACUUAAAUAAAAUGAAAAAUAUAUGAA